CUUGUAAAAAAAGAAGAAGAAGAAAGCUAUUAAGUAAUCGGAUUAAAGGGAUUCUGGUUCAAAUAGGAGGCCUGGACAGCAGUCAUGCAUUCCGUCGCAAGUGAACAGCGAUAUCGGAUCUCCUUUGCCCAUUUCACCAGGAAGUAAGGAAACUAGAAACACAGCCAAUAUGCCAGUUGAUCUGAAUGGGUAUUGGAAAAUGAUCUCAAAUGACAACUUCGAGGAGUACUUAAAGGCCCUCGAUGUAAAUGUUGCCAUUAGGAAAAUUGCCACCUUGUUGAAGCCUGACAAAGACAUCAAUCACGAUGGUGACCACAUAGUCAUCAAGACCCUCAGUACCUUUAAGAACUACAACAUGGAUUUCCAUGUUGGCAAGGAGUUUGAAGAGGAUCUGUCAGGGGUGGAUGACAGAAAAUGCAUGACCACUAUCUCAUGGGAGGGAGACAAUCUGGUGUGUGUGCAGAAGGGAGAGAAAGAAGGAAGAGGCUGGACCCAUUGGGUGGAGGGGGAUGAGCUUCAUCUGGAGCUGAGAGCUUGUGGAGCUGUGUGCAAGCAGGUCUUCAAGAAAACCUAAACCAGCACUGGAAUUACAAAAUGGCGCCCCCUACCUGAGCGCUCAAGAGAGACACAGACACAAACCAACCCUGUGACAAAGAACCCUCUAAUACAUUUACAUUUAAGUCAUUUAGCAGACGCUCAUCCAUCCAUCCACCCAUCCAUCCAUCCAUCCACCCACCCACCCACCCACCCGCCCACCCAUCCAACCAUCCAUCCUUCCAUCCUUCCAUCCUUCAUUCCAUCAAUCCUUUCACAUUUCUUUCCAUCAUUCAAACUAUUCAAACUAACAGACAGGGGUGAUGUAUCUGUCGAUCACUUGUACUGUUACUCUGUCUCAGGGUGAGAGCCCCUUUGAUUGACAUGUUAUAGGUGUGUGGAUACAUUAACACUGAAGUACGUGUAGUAGGCUUUGUGAUUAGUGCCUCAAUCUCUAAUGGAGUCCUGAGUUUACAACUGGGGGUGAACUUGACCAGUAGGAAGGAGGGUUUUAGUAGAGUGAAAAAGAAAAUGAGUUUGAGAGAGGUAAAGAAUUAAAAUGAAACGGAGAGGCAGCAGAAGAUGUGACAAAUAGCUACCAGGCCUGUGCAGUUGAGACAUCAUCACCGUCUUAGUAGAAAACUUUACAAGUACUAACGUGUUCAGGAAAUAACAGCAGACUUUGUCUGUGUUUUUCCUCAAUUCAUUUGGGAGUGUCCCCUUGAUAGGAAAAAAUCACUCAAUAAAUGAAUCUC